AGCUGGGUGCGACCUGAUAACACAGUAUACACUCUGAAGCAAUGUGUUGUUCGUGGAAGAUGAUGAGUUUUCUCAUCUUAACUUUCUUAGCCCUUUCCUGUCUCAAUGACCGGUUGCCGGUCGCUCGAGCUCUUGCCGGUCCAAAUCCUAGCCCCCAAGUAGUUCCUCGGCGUCCAACUCCCACUACACGGCCUCCACCCCGUUCGACCCCAGUUAGUCCGCCUCUAGCUGAAUAUUACUUCACUGUGAAGGAGGCAAAUUUUACCAAAUUUUGCGAAACCAGGGCCAUUCUGACCAUAAACGGCAGCUAUCCUGGACCAGAGAUUCGGGUUCAGAGGGGACAGAGAGUGCGUGUUCAUGUCCUAAAUAAAGGGACUUACGGUAUCACCAUUCAUUGGCACGGUGUGAAACAACCAAGGAAUCCAUGGUCAGAUGGCCCAGAAAAUGUGACACAAUGCCCAAUUCAGCCUGGAAAAAGUUUUACAUAUGAUGUUAUAUUAUCGGAUGAGAUAGGGACCUUAUGGUGGCAUGCCCACAGUGGUUGGUCUCGCGCCACUGUUCAUGGCGCUCUUGUCAUUUUACCUCCUGCGAAUGAAUUACAAUACUCUCCAUAUCGAUUCCGAGAUCAUACACUUGUGUUCGGGACCUGGUACAAUCAAGAUUUGAAAGAAAUAAGUGAUAUUAUUGCGGCUAACGGAAGUGCUAUAGCUGAUGCAGCUGGGUAUACACUCAACGGCUUGCCCGGUGAUCAAGUUACAUGCAACAACGUUUCGGAGCCGAUCUAUAAUAUGACAGUUAAACGAGGGGAAACUCAUCUUCUCCACCUUGUCCACGCUGCAAUGCAUGAACCACAAUAUUUUGGCAUCAUGGGCCAUAAUUUGACGGUUGUUGCAAGAGAUGGGGCAUUAGUCAAGCCAUUUUCCACUGCAUAUGUUCUGUUACAUCCGGGGCAAACCAUGGAUGUUACGUUUGUGGCAAACCAGAAGCAAAGUCGAUAUUACAUGCUUUAUCGGUAUUUUGAUGAUAGUGCUGUUAACGCUAGCGCGCAAAACACCACAGGAUUUCUCAUAUAUUCAAACCCUGUUGAUCCUGUAGUCAAUACGACAUUCCCAACCUUACCUGGUGCUACAGAUAACAGUACCGCAUUUAAUUUCACCGCCAAACUUCGGAGCUUAUAUUCCAGAACAGAGAAAGAAGUCCCACGAGGCAAUGUUAAUGUUACACGAAUCAUUUUAACGGUGCGUUUAGAUACAGUAAAUUGCAAUGGUUCAUCCAAUUGUCCAUCUUCAGGGAGCAAACUUGCUGCAAGCUUUAACAGAAUUAGUUUUGCAGCCCCAACUAAGCUCGAUGUUCUACGGGCAUACUUCAGGGGUCCUUCAAGUAUUUACAACACAAGUUAUCUGCUUACUCCAAACGAAGAAGUGGAAAAUGCAACCUAUGCUUACCAAGGAACGAAUGUGAUUGAGUUGAAUUAUGGAGAUCCAGUUGAGAUUGUGUUUCAGGCAAUAGAUUUUGGUCCUGCAGGAGGUCAUCCACUCCAUCUGCACGGUUACAGCUUCUUCCAAGUCGGCAUGAAUAAUGGAACUUUUAACAGUACGACUGAUCCUGCUUCAUAUAACACGGAUGAUCCACCAGAGCUGAACACUGCUGUUGUUUUUGGGAGUGGGUGGACAGCCGUCAGAUUUUUUGCUAGAAAUCCUGGGGUAUGGUUUAUGCACUGUCAUUUUGAAUCGCAUGCCAGCUGGGGUAUGGCUACAGCUCUCAUAGUGAAGAAUGGAGCUAAAAACCACCAAAAAUUGCGGAGGCCUCCAAUAGGACUGCCUAGUUGUCGUGCGUGAAACCUGCAAAUAUUGCUGAAUGUAUCAUUUAUUCUCAGUUUCUGUACUACUGAAUGUUGAAUUUUCAUAGGUUGCGAGUCUCUUCGGUGAAAUUAUUUGAGGAAUGCCUAGUUUGUUAAUUUUUUGGUUAGGAUUCUGACAAGGCAAUUGCAUUCUAUUGGACGGUUUUGUGUCAUUCAAAGAAUAAAAUGUUGUUGUCGCU